AUGGCCCGGCUCACCGGACGCUCAGCCGGUGCAGCAGGACUGACUCGAGAGGAGCCCAGAGGAGGAGGCAGCGGCCUGAGCAGCCAAGUUGCCCCCCGGGGCCUCGAGCUGCCCACCAGCUACGAAAAUGGCUACCUUCGGAAAAUGCUUACAGAAGGAAAGAGGGCCAAGGCACACAAGACCUCACAAUAUAUCCCCCCUGUCUACGUCAGCAGUGUAACAAACAGAAAUGUGGUCUCUGUCCUGCAGUUGAUCCCCCAACGCUGCUUCUGGCUCUACUGUGUCAACAACGUCCUUCUCUCCCUGUCAGGGAAGACCACGCACGUGUGGGCCCACGACCUGCCGGCGCUGUUCGAGCAGCGGCGGCAGCAGCAGCAGCGGGCGGCCCCCCUGUCCAUCGCCACCCAGCGGCUCCCCCAGAGGAUCAUCCCCAGGCGCUUCGCACUCUCCACCAAGAUAGCCGACACCAGGGGCUGCCUCAAGUGCCGCGUGGUUCGAAAUCCCUACACGGGGAGCACCUUCCUGCUGGCCGCCCUGCCCUCCGGCCUGCUGCUCCUGCAGUGGUACGAGCCCCUCAAGAAGUUCCUGCUCCUCAAGAACUUCGCCACUUCCCUGCCCAAUCCUCUGGGGCUCCUGGAGCCUCUGAUCCUGGAAGGGAAGGAGCUGCCUCAAGUGUGUGUGGGUGCCACAGGGUCGGCGGGGCCCGGCCUCGGCCUCCAGUUCCACAUCCUCCCUCUGGAGGCCGGACUCUCUCCUGACUUCCUCAUCCCUCCAGAGGGGGCACCUGGCACUGCCCAGCAGGUGAUCCAAGUGGACAGAGACACGGUGCUGGUGUGCUUUGAGCGCUGCGUGAGGCUGGUGAACCUCCAGGGGACCCCGACAGGCGCCCUGGCCCCUGAGCUGACCUUUGACUUCCCCAUUGAGACUGUGGUCUGCCUUCAGGACAGCGUGUUGGCUUUCUGGCAGCAUGGCAUGCAGGGGCGGAGCCUGGAGACUAACGAGCUGACUCAGGAGAUCACCGACGAGACGAGGAUAUUCCAAGUGCUCGGGGCUCACAGAGACAUCAUCCUUCAGAGCACCCCCACCGACAACCCUGGGGCUCACAGUAACCUCUACAUCCUCACUGGCCACCAGAGCAGCUACUAAGCUCUGCCAGCUGCUCUGCAGAGCCUGGGGGCUGGGGUGAGAUACCAGGCUCCUGAGACAGGUUUCGGGGUGUGUUUGCUGGGGCAGGAGACCCACCCCCACCCCAUAGACACACGUCUGCAAUAACUGGACUAGACCAAGCUGCUGUGACUUCCCCUUCCUUGUCCUGCUGUGUCAUAUCUGUCUCCCCCUCUGGGAGCUCCAUCCCCACAGAGGCUGGGGCCCUUCUCUUGGGCAGCCUUGGCUCUCCUAAGGGGUGGGCAUGGCCCCUGGGUGGGGACAGAGAAUGGCACCCACUAGAACUUCUCUGCCUGUCUGUGGCCCAGGGGAACAUAGUAUUUAACAGAGAACUAUAUUGGUAUUAAAAGUCUGCUCGUUUUA